AGCAAGAAACCAUUUAUUUAUCAUCUAGAUCAUUGCAGUAAUUUAGUCUCUUUAUAAAUUUUAAUUGAUCCAGCUAUUCGAAGGAUGAAUAAAGAGUGAAAAUUUCCGUUUAACUAGACAGUCAUCUAAAACUAAAAUUUAUGCCUACAAGAAAGUCGUCGCGUAACGUCACCCGCUGCCGUGACAAAACAACGAGUCUAACUUUCGAACUUUAUUUAAAAUCACCCAAGAACAUGGUAUCCAUUGCAUCGAAGAUCUACCCUUCCUGGACAGAAUUAUCCACUUUACGCCCGGGUAGCAGGUCAACCAGGGUGAAAGAUAAUCGGGAUCGGAAAGAACCUCCGAAAAGAACAAGAUAG